AGCAACUCUGUGCUGAACAGUCAUAGAAAAUACAUUGUCAGGCUUUUGGGAAAAAUAUAUUUGAAAAAUUUAAUACCAUAGAAUUAAUAAGACACAAGUAGUUUACAUUUACAAACACCAUGAGCUGCUGCUACUGCGGUACUCAGACGGAGGACUGUGGCGACUGUCAGUCCGGAGAGGAUCAGAAAAAGACCUCACUAUUCCGUAUGAUUAUUGGUCCGUAUCCCGAUGAGGUUAUCAUGAGCGCUUUGGAUAACAUCCUAGUGUUGUGGGGUGCCACCAAGAUCAAGCACAUGAUGGAAUUGCAGGCCUCAGGAAAAGUUACCAAGAAUAAGUCCUGCCCUCCUUCACCAUCCUGUCCUCCUCUACCGUCCUGCUCCUCAGCCUGCUCCGUGGGCAGAAGCGGAUCCUUUCACAGUAUGAGUUCUACAUCGUGUCCCAGCAGGGCGAUUGACUGGAAAGGAAAGCAUUCCUCGGCUCCCAGCAGCCCAAAGGCAGUGUGCUUUAGGGGUCCGUCGAGUCGUUUAUCUGCCGCCGCAAGCAGCCCGCGGCAACGGUCGCCUCGGGUGGACUUUACACAUCCGGCAGAUGAUAUUCGCAAGCGACAUUCUGCCGGUAGUUUUUCGAUGAAACAGCGCUUGAUGCAGGCAGAAAUGGUGUGUUCCGCGGCCUGUGAGGCUUUAAAAACUCGCCUCAAACCCAAGGAGAGUCCACGAAGUGGAUGCAAAGGUCAAAAGUGGCUCUGGACAAGACUGAUACGCACCAAGAACGGUUGCCAAGUGUAUGAGGUAUACAAGGACUCGAAGGCUGAUUGCUCGCCCUCCAAAAUCGGCUCCAAGGCUCCCGCCAUCGUCUUCCUGGUCUUGCGAAAUGGCCAUAUCAUGCCAUUUGAGACGAUUACUUCUGUGUAAAGCCAAUAUAAUAGAUAGUAUGUUUAUAAAUUUAA